AUGGACGAAAAGAUUCCUGCCAGUGAGCAUGUGGAGGAGCAGCUGGUAACGAGGAGGGCAAACGAGGGAAUCAGCUGGGCGGAAGCCUGGCAGAGCAGGCGCGUUUUGCUUUGGUGCCUCUUCAUCUUUCUUCUCCCAAUCAAUUUCGGCUAUGAAGUCAGUACCGUCGGAAACCUUCUUGCCGUUGACUCCUUUCUCAAGGAGUUCGGUGUCGAAGCCAAUGGCAUCCUCGAGAUUCGCGCUACAGAUCAACAAAUCCUCAAUGCAGCCAGUACCAUCGGUCUUUUCUGCUCCGCCUUUGCAACAGGCUUCAUCUCCGACCUGAUGGGUCGAAAGAAGACAAUAAUCGUCGGCUGCAUACUUUGCGUCGGGGGAAUCAUCUUACAAUAUUUCAGCCACAGCAUCCAUGAACUCUUCGGCGGGAAGCUGUUGAGUACUUUUGGCUUUGGCCUGGGUCACUCACUCGGACCAGUGUUUGUUGCGGAACUGGCACCGCCCAAGGUCCGCGGUAUUUGUCUGUCGCUGGUGAAUACUAUGAUUGUACUUGGCCAAUGGAUCAAUUCUGCCGCGGUUCUCGCCUGCUCCAACCGAUCCGAUGACCUGGCCUGGCGUAUUCCAAUCAUCACCCAGAUGAUUCCACCUGGUCUUCUCCUUAUCGGCCUCCCUUUUCUCGCCGAGUCGCCGUCUUGGCUUAUCAUGAAAGAUAGACACGAGGAAGCAGCUCGAUCAUUCCGAUACUUCAAUGGACCUGAUUUUGAUGUUGACGAGGCUAUGGCUAUCACUACGGCUGCCGUUGCACAGGAGAAAGAGCUCUCGCGCACUGGGUCGGCGUGGUUGGAUUGCUUCAGGGGUCCGGAUGGGCGCCGCACACUCAUCAUCUGCAUGGUAUAUAUCGCUCAGCAGUUUAUCGGAGUCAAUUUCGUGUCUGGAUAUUUAACGUACUACUUCAAACUCGCCGGUGUCAACGAUGCCAUUGCACUCGCCCAGGUUGCAUUCGCUAUUCAACUCUUCGGAAACAUCUGCUCGUGGCCUUUGGUCGAUCGGCUUGGUCGCCGACCGAUGAUUGUUGGCGGUAUGAUAAUCAUGACGAUGGGUCUGUUGGUCAUUGGAGGUAUUAGUACGAUCGGGUCUAGUUCGGCACUCAAGGCGACCGUCGCAUUUAUGACCUUGUGGGGAUUUUUGUAUCAAGCUACUCUUGGUGCUGUUGCAUAUGCAGUUGGCGGUGAAACCCCCAGUCCACUUCUACGCCAGAAGACAUACUCGAUCAAUAUCAUGUCAGCCACCGCCGUUUCAUGCGCUGUGCUGCAAAUCCUGCCUUACCUUCUGAAUACGGACGAGGCGAAUAUCGGUGGCAAGAUAUGCUUCAUCUUCUUUGGUUUGUCGCUGCCCAUGUGCGUCUACCUGUACUUCUGUUUGCCAGAGUUGAAGGGACGCACAGUGGCUGAGAUCCAGGAGAUGUUCCAGGCUGGGCUGCCUGCUCGAAAGUUCAAGGAUUACGUUUGUCAAAAUGAGACGAUGGCUGUGGUCGGUAAGGCUAGGAUUCAGGCUCAUGCCGAAGGUGAAGAGUGA